UCCUUUCAGCUGCACAGGGGAACAAUACCUGCUCUGUCGGAAUAGCAAGAACAUUUGAAUCUAUCCGUUAUUUUAUCCAAACAAAUAUAUAUUUUUCACAAAAGCAAGGAUAUUUUUUUGUUGUUGAUUGUUUUCACCUCUCUUAUAUUCAUUUGCAAAAGUUGUAGCCUAUUGAAACGUCAGUAACGUUUUGAAUGCCAAUAUUAUAUUAUUAAACAGACCUGGAAUUACAUGAAUGCGUUGCCGAAUCGUCAUUUGGAUAAAAAUGAGACUUGAAGGGAUUUUGGCUGUAACGAAAUGAAGAAUCUUGAUAUCUUCGGUUUGAAGGAUUGCAAGUGAGGGUCCCUCCUAUUGAAGAUGGCUCCCAGUGUGUGUGGUGUGUCUCUGGCUGUGGUGGUGUUAGUGACCCUGGUGUCUCCUAGUGGUGCCUGCCCUCGGCCCUGCUCCUGCUACCAGCCCACUGAACUACACUGCACCUUCAGGUCCCUGCUCACCAUACCACAGCUUCUACCGCAACAUACACUACACAUCAAUCUAGGGUUCAACAGUAUCAGCAGGAUCCCAGAUAGCUCAUUAGCUGGUCUGAGGAGGCUGGAGCAGCUGAUGCUUCAUGGGAAUGACAUCCGUGAGAUUCCUGACCGAGCGUUCCAAGAUCUGUCCUCACUUCAGGUCCUGAAGCUAAGUUAUAACAAGCUGAGGGAGAUCUCAGCAGAGAGCUUCUCAGGCCUGUCCUCACUACUGCGCCUCCACCUGGAUCACAACCAGCUGCAGUUCCUGCACCCCCAGGCCCUGCUCCGCCUCCCCAACCUCAGACUGAUCCGACUGCAGGGGAACCGGCUCCACCAGCUGCACCCGCAGGCCUUCUGCACUCUGUCCCUACUGCAGACAUUCUGCUACUCCACCCUCAGGCAUCUGGAUGUGUCCAACAACAGUCUAACUAUCCUGCCUAGGGACACACUGAGGACUGCCCCUCUUCUGGAGUCCCUGGCUCUGCAGGCCAACCCUUGGACCUGCGAUUGCAGCAUGGCUUGGAUGCAGGCCUGGAGCAUCUCUCACCCAGGGGUGUUGAAAUGUCCAGGGCCGCAUUGCCUGGCCUGUGCCUCACCCAAACACAUGAAGGGUCGUGGCCUUUUGCAGCAGAAAGACCUAUCCUGCACCUCGCCUGUCAUCUCCACCAAUCCCAGAACCUCAUCUCAGGAGGAUGGCGAAGUUCAACCAAUAGAAACCUUUAGAGAGGCUUUAGGCAACGCCUCCCUGGGGAUGUACAGACAGACAGCAGAGAAGGAGGGCUACUACCAUACAGGGGUCAGGGCCAGUAUUCAAGCCCAGCCUGCCUGGUUACUGCAGCCACAUGUCAGUCUAGAGCUCAACAGAGCUCAGUCCAGCGCACACAGGGUUAAACUGACCCUGUCCACCCUGGUGUCUGCUCCCCCAGACCCCCCAUCCCCACACUCCUGGGUCCUCAUCCAGACCAACCACACCCACACAGCUUUUACUGCAGCUGCAGAGAGACAGAUCCACCUGCCCUGCCCUGUCCUCAGCUCUAUUGGAGACCUAAGCUCUGGAGACCACAGGCUCCAAUGGGUUUUCCCAGAUGGUUCAACAGUCUCCUCUCCCUACCGCAGCUCAGAUGGUAGGGUCCGGGUGUCUGGCCAGGGGCUGGUCCUGCAGAGAGUGGAUCACUCUGAUGCUGGACUGUACUAUUGCGUGGCCCGGGCGGGGGGAGAUGUUGAUGUCCUCCCCCUCCGUCUGGCGGUGGUAGAAUCAUCCAAUCCUCCCCCAGGGGAGGAGCUAGGCCCGGCUGUGACUGGAUUGGUUGGAGACCCUGUCAGUCUGCCGUGCGAGGCCUCUGGUACACCAAGGGUUGAGGUGAACUGGGUUCUUCCUGGCGGGAGAGUGGUAGGGAGUAGGAACGAGGGGAGGAGAAAGGACGAGGCAGGGUUUACUGUCUUGGCCAACGGUACCCUGUCUCUCCCCAUCCCUGCGCUGGGAGAUGCAGGCCUGUACCGGUGUGUAGCGUUGAACCAGUACGGUGCUGACUCUCUCUCCACCAGACUGACGCUCACCCCGCAUCCUUCUGACACCUCAUCACCUAUGAGAUAUCCCAUGAGGCCACAAUCUGCGGCGGGGGUGUCCAACAGGGUACGAGCCCCUCUAGGGGGUGAGGAGAUUGAAGAGGGGGGGUCAGGAGAUGAUGAGGGGGAGAACAUACUGCCCACCAGGGCAGGUUACAACAGGACAUGGCGUCCCCCCAUCAGAUCCCACAUGGUGAGGGUGGAGGGUAGCAGACCACCCCAAAAGGGCAAGAAGCCCUUGAGGAGAGGCUUCCCUGUGGAGCAGAGGAGGAACAGGUUGGAGGGUCGGCGGAGCUUUAACCUGGCCAAGCACAAAAUAGACCCUCAGAAAUGGGCCGACCUGCUGACUAAGAUACAAGCCCCUGGAAUGCCAGCAAUAGGCCUGGCCAGAGGAGACGCAUCAACAGACUCAGAGGACGACCCAUGCCCCCAGACUAUACCUACAACUACUACCACUAUUCCUACAACUACUACCACUAUUCCUACAACUACUACUACUAUUCCCACUACUACUACCACUCUUACUAGUACAAUAUUCUGGAGGAACCCAGGAGUAAACUCCAUCCAAGACUCACAUGGUAGUCGCUACCGCCCCCCAUCUUACCCCACCUACUCACAACACUCCAGCAGCCGGCACCCCUAUGUCAUCACUAGGCCUGACCCAGUAAGAACUCCACUUCAAACGUCACCCCCUAUAAAACACACACCCUCUCUACCACACCCUAUCAAGCCCAAACUUCUUCUCCCAGACAUUUUAGAGAUCCCUUCCUCUGUAGUCCCCACCACCAGAGCUCCCUUCAGCUCCCCAAAGACCUCCCCACCCACCACAGACAGUCAGGCUGGACUCAACCCUGAGUCCACCCUUCCCCAUUCCCCUCCCGCGUCUCCAGCCCAUAGUGUGACAGCCCAACGCCCCCCUCAGACCUCCGUCUUGCGUGUCCGGCCCCGUAUCGCUCCCCCUCACAUGCGCCCCAUGUCUGUCCCAGCUGAGAUUGAUACCCUCCUGCCCUGUGAGGCCAUUGGACAGCCUCCUCCAACAAUCACCUGGACCAAGGUCUCCACAGGAGCUGUGAUGUCACUGGACUACAAGGCAGAGCGUUUCCAGGUCCUACCCAACGGAACCUUUCUCAUCCGGAGCGUGCAGGUCCAGGACCGGGGGACAUAUAUCUGCAGCGCACAGAACUCUGUGGGCCUGGACCGUGCCAUGGUGACCCUGGAGGUCUGGUCCCACCCACCCCGGAUUCAGCUACCCAACCACAGAGAUGCAACGGUGCACCAGGGGGGUGAGGUGAGGUUAGAGUGUCGGGCUCAGGGGGUGCCGGUUCCUCUGCUGUCCUGGGUGCUACCUGACCUCUCCGUCCUAACCCCUGACCCUAACCCCAACCCUGCCCUUGGAACUCACCCCCGGGUGUCUAUAUUCCCUAAUGGUACUCUGCGUAUCUUGGUGGCCGGCCCAGCAGACAGAGGACUGUAUCGCUGUGUAGCCUCCAACCUAGCAGGGGCUGGCAGUCUGUCAGUCCGACUCCAUGUGUCCUCUCUUCCUCCAGCCAUCCAGGAGCCCAGAGAGGAGAAGGUAACCCGGCCCGCUGGUUUGCCUCUCUACGCCCAAUGCUCUGCCCGGGGAGCUCCCCCCCCCUCCAUCCGCUGGAGGACACCUGACGGCACCUUUCUGCUCCCCUCUCAAUUCCUCAACGGGAACCUGUUUGUCCUCCCCAAUGCCACCUUGUUGAUACGCAAGCUAGCCACUAAGGACUCUGGGAGCUACGAGUGCCUGGCGACUAAUGCGGUGGGCAGGGAUAAGAGGACGGUGAGGGUGGAGGUGACUGGAGAUGGAGGAGAAGUUGUCUCCAUGGAUAAAAUUACCUUCUCUUCCAUCAACAGUAAAUUUGAUCUCCCCCCCUCCUCCCCCGUCCUUAACCCUCCCCUCCCACCCUCCUCCCCCCUCAGUAAGGCUAGGAUCCUCUCGACCUCUCCAUCCAGUUCUAUAGUCAUAUAUGGUGAAUCUCUGCUCCUUUACUGUUCAGCAACCGGCAACCCAGAGCCUAGAGUGGUCUGGAGGGUACCUGGCAAGAAACUAGUGGAUGCCCGUUACAGUUUUGACAAGAGGAUAAAGGUGCACAGUAAUGGAACGCUGUAUAUCCAGUCCGUGACGGAGAAAGACGGGGGGGACUAUUUAUGUGUCGCGCGAAAUAAGAUGGCUGACGACUUCCGCCUCCUCCAGGUCACCGUGGCAACAAAGCCUGCUAAGAUUGAGCCAAAGCAGCCAUCAAAUCAGAAGGUGGUAUUGUACGGAGCAGCUCUAAAUGUAGACUGUCUGGCGACCGGCCAGCCCAACCCCGCGGUAAGAUGGAGCCUCCCGGAUGGAACCUCAGUGAAAAGUGUCCUGUUGCAGGUGGAAGAGAGUGGGAGGCGCAGCCGGCGACUGGUUGUUUUUGACAAUGGAACACUGUUCCUCCCCUCGGUGGGGAUGGGGGAGGAAGGGGAGUAUGUUUGCCACGCUGAGAACCAUGGGGGGAGGGACACUAUGAGUGUGAUGGUCAAAGUCCUCGCCUCACCUCCCUCCUUCCCCAGUACCAAAUAUGAGGUAAUCAAGGUGCAACAAGGGGGCACAGUGGCUCUGAACUGUGGGGCUAAAGGAGAGCCUGUCCCUACGAUCACAUGGCUCUCUCCAAUGAAUCGUGUCCUCCCAGUGGAAGCAUCAGGUCCGGUUGUGGUGCAGCAAGACGGAUCCUUGGUGAUCCAGGGGGCUAGAGGGGCUGACGGAGGAAACUACACCUGCCGAGCCAGCAAUGCUGCUGGGGAGAGGAGCAAGGUGAUGGGGGUGGAGGUGAUGGUGACACCACCCAGCUUCACUCUCAAUGGGGCUGGGGGUGGGAUCAAUGGGGCAGACAGACAGAUAGCUGUUGUUAGUGGUAGUGGACUGAGUGCUGUGAUCUCCAUCAGUCAGUCUGCAGGGAGGGAUCAUAGGGUCAGUGCAGGUAAUUGUGUCAGUAAUAAUGGAGACUGUAAAGUAGGGGACCAAAGGGUCUCAGCAGUUAGAGGCCAGACAGUUCUUCUGCCAUGUCCAUCCCAGGGCUUCCCUCUCCCCCGCCUGGCCUGGUUGCUGCCUGGUAACGGGGUUCUCCCAGUGCCCUACUAUGGCAGCAGACUCACCGUGCACCGCAAUGGAACCCUGGAGCUGAGGGGGGUGAGGGCAAGCGACUCCGGCAUGCUGGUGUGUGUCAAUCGUGGCGAGAGGGGUGAGGCUCGGAUAAUGGUACACCUGGAGGUCUCAGACACAAAGGACACACCUCACUCCAGAGACCCAGUGACCACCGAGAAACGUUUCCCAGUAGGCCCAGUUAGCAAAGAGCAACCUCGCCCAGUAGGCCCAGAACAACCUCAUCCAGUAGUCCCAGUCAGCAGAGAGAAACUUCGCUCAGGAGGCCCAGACAGAGAGGACACACCUCGCCCCAGAGGCCCAGUGACCACAGAGAAAUCUCGCCAGGAGACACCUCGCCCUACAAGCCCAGUCACCAAUGAGAAACCUCACUUAGGAGGCCCAGUCAGCACAGAGAACCCUCUGCCAGGAGUCCCAGUCCAAGGGGGCACACCUCACCCAAGAGGCCCAGUGCCAGAGGCAGGGAGGAGUGUUGUCCUGGAAAGGAAGCCUGUGGUCACCAGCAUAUCAGGCUCUCUGGUCAGCAUCAUCAACGGAGACAAUCUACAGCUACCCUGCCCCCAGACAGACAGCCCCAGUCAGGGUUCCAGCCAGACAGAGUCUCUGACCUGGAAGUUGCCAAGCGGGGUGGUCGUGUCUCGGGGCCAGGCGGCAGGGACGGGUCGGUACUCAGUCCUGGAUGACGGGACUCUGACGGUGCAGCAGGUAUCUGUGUUUGACAGGGGGACCUACUCCUGCCGAUCCACCAAUCAGGACACAUCAUCUAUCCUGACAGUUCCAGUGAUUGUCAUUGCCUACCCCCCUCGCAUCACCAACGGACCCCCUCCCCUCACCUACACCCGUCCUGGUGUUGCCGUUCAGCUAACCUGCUACGUCAUAGCAACCCCCAGAGCGACCAUCACCUGGGAGAUGCCGGACCAAUCCCAGCUCAGGGUCACAGGUCAGGCCCGUCUCUAUGGCAACCGGUACCUGAGUCCUCAGGGUUCCCUGGUGAUCCAGAACCCGACCAGCAGAGACACAGGUUUCUACCGUUGUUCUGCACGGAACGUCAUCGGAACUGACACCAAGGCCUCUUAUCUACAUGUGAUCUAACAGAACACACACAUCAUUUUUGCCCAAAGAAACUGCAAAGUUGAGUGUAGAAGAUACUGUUCAACUAAAGACUGAGGUGUUGAUUAAAGAUUGUAAAUAGAGAUAAAAACAAACACAUGCAUCUUACAGCCAGAGUGUGUUAAAGAUGUACAUGAAAUCAGCAGCUGAGAAGCACCAGCAUCCAUCAUCAAUAAAUAAAGUGUCAACACAAACUAUACCAGGCUUUAAGAGCAUCAGCUCUCAAAACACGUCAUGCAAUACAACACAUUCAGCUCUGUAUCACAACCUGUAUGUUUAUGUCAACCUGCCCUAUUUAUCUUGUUGUAUAGUUGUGUACUGUUGAGCAGAUCAAAUGUUUGAUAGUGGUCACAGAACUGCUCCAGUGAUAGUUCUGUGGAGCCUCAGGGGUCUGCAGCUCUCUGUGUCUGCAGCUCUCUGUGUCUGCAGCUCUCUGUGUCUGCAGCUCUCUGUGUCUGCGGCCCUCU